AUGAGUAGUUUUAAGGGCCAGGAUGUGGAAAAACAAGGCAUCAAGCUGCCAAAAAAAUGGACUGAUCCCAAUGAAAAAAUCCCCACAGACCGUACGAUGGUUGUCAGGGGAGUUCUGGGAGGAGGAGACGCUUCCGAUCCCGCUGGAGGUCCGUUGAGAAAACUGCGUCAGCGCUAUGUGGAAAAGGACGGCAAGUGCAACGUCCACCACGGAAACGUGCGUGAAACCUACCGUUACCUGACAGACAUCUUCACCACACUCGUAGACUUGAAGUGGCGAUUCAAUCUGCUGGUCUUCACGCUGGUCUACACCACCACCUGGGUGUUUUUUGGCUUCAUCUGGUGGCUCAUCGCCUACACCCGUGGAGACCUGGACCACGCUGAUGACAACGAGUGGACGCCGUGUGUGAAUAACCUCAAUGGCUUCGUCUCGGCGUUCCUUUUUUCCAUCGAGACUGAGACCACCAUUGGUUAUGGGUACCGCGUCAUAACGGACAAAUGCCCCGAGGGCAUCAUCUUGCUUCUGGUGCAGGCCAUCUUGGGCUCCAUCGUCAAUGCCUUCAUGGUGGGCUGCAUGUUUGUGAAAAUCUCACAGCCAAAGAAACGUGCUGAAACACUCAUGUUUUCCAACACAGCUGUGAUAUCCAUGCGGGACAGCAAGUUGUGUUUGAUGUUUCGCGUCGGGGACUUGCGUAACUCACACAUAGUGGAGGCCUCCAUCAGGGCCAAGCUCAUCCGCUCUAAGCAGACCAAGGAAGGAGAGUUCAUCCCCGUAUUUGUACCGAAGAUUUUCGGUACGGGUCUUUCGUUCGUGUUUCAACCGCGGAAAGACAUCAAAUGUGAGAUCAACAAGAACAGCCCCUUCUGGGACAUCUCUCAGGAGCAACUGGCACGAGAAGAGUUUGAAAUAGUGGUCAUUCUGGAAGGAAUGGUGGAGGCCACAGGAAUGACAUGUCAAGCCCGAAGCUCGUACCUGAAUUCAGAGGUGCUUUGGGGAGAACGUUUCACCCCUGUGCUCUCGCUGGAGGAGGGAUUUUACGAGGUGGAUUAUGACACGUUCCACCACACCUACCCUGCACCAACCCCUUCCUGCUCCGCUCGCGAGCUAGCAGAACUGGCAAAGAAAGGGAUAGCUAUACCUUUGCCCCCUAUUUCACCUCCAGCAACCCUGGGAGAGCCCCCAAGCCCAGAGAAGAUGCCUGAGGAGGAGACCAAGGCAGAAGAAGAAGAAGAAGCAGAAGAGACUGUUAGCAAUGGUGGUGUGAACAGAAUGGAGUGUGUGCAAGAAUAAGUUAACACAUCUGAAAUCUUUUGCUGCCCCUGUGUGGCAGACGGAAAUAUACAGAGAUACAAAAACUCAAUUCAGCCACAUAAACGCCACAUAAACUGAGGAAUAGUUUCAAAUCUAUAGGCCUGUAGGUCUACAUUUUGUCAUUG